AUGGCGCCACCCAAAGAAGGGAAGAAGAAGGCCAUUGCUCAGAAAAAAGAGAAACUAUUCCAUCCCCAAUCCCGGAAAGCAGAACAAUUAGCUCGCGUGCAGCAUCGUAAAAGCAAGCUUGAACAAGUUGCCAAGGCGCGUUCGGAGAAGCAAAGAUCUCAAGUCGACAUAUAUUCGUUCUUUUAUCAUGCUAUGCCUGCCGAUGGAGUUUUGUCUUUAGAAGACCUUCAUAAAAUCAUUGAGAGCGUUUGGCUCACCCGAUUUGAUGGGAAAUUGGAGGAGGAGAGGAAAAGCAGGAGAAAAGGUCGACCAAAGAGCGUGAAAGAGCAGAAGCUGGAAGAGUUGAAACUCAGGGAGGCGGAGGAAUAUCGAACGGGUCUAGAGGUGAUAGACCUCACGUACCCGCCAAACGUUGAGUUGUUUCGGCGAUGGGACCGAAAAGCAGUCGAAUUCAUCCAGCAAUUGCGUUUCAUCCGUAUUUCCAGCGACUCGCCGAGCGUAGCGGUAGUCUCACGCCCCGGAAAACACCCCUCCCUUCUCGAAAGUAAAGAUAAAGAAAACAGUGCUCGAGAUGAGCAUAUGGACAUUGAUGAGGCGCCACUACUCAUGGAGCCAUUGUCGCGCUUCAGUUCGACAAUCACGGCCAUGGAUGGGCCAUCAACAUCAUAG